GACCUGGUACCUCCGUGGAUUCCCGUUGCCAGUAACGCUUUCCAAAGCCAGAGGCAAAGCUACAUUUUUGCAGACCUAAAAAUUAAAAUAUCUGCGAAUCUCUACAAAGAUGACGUCCAUUUCAAGUAUGGCAAGAUUCAAAAGUCCGACAAGGUCUUCAAAAGGACCCAGUUUUUCCGGUACAGGAACCAUAGGAACGGGACGAUCUUCACUUCGACGCAGUGGAAGCAUGGGAAGUCUGACAAAGCGAUCCUCGGCCAAUAUUGCAGCCAAUUUUGGAACUGGUUCCGGAACGAUGAAAUCUACCAAAGGAUCGGACUAUGACAACCUGGAAGCAGAAUACAUCAAAAAUCUACAACAGCAGAUCUACUUCCUGGAGCUGGAAGCCAAUUUUCUUCGAGACCAAGCCAAGAAAGCAACUGAACUUCAACCAAGGAUGACUGAAGAAGCUAGCAAGAUGCUGCAUAGACUCAAGGAUCUUCAGUCCGAUGUUGACAGUCUACACCUUGAAGUGAGAAGGAAAGAAUCAAACUUGGACAUGGUCAGUACGGAGAAAGAGAGACUGGAUGGCAAGGUCAGGAUGUUAUCAGACAGUCACCAUCGUGAAAAGAAACUCCUGGUGGAGGAGGUUGUACAGCUGAAGAAACAGAACGAGAUGAUACAACGAGAGAUACACGAUAGAGAACAGCAGAUAUCCAUGGCAAGGGGAGAGCUAGAGAAGGGUUCCUCAUCGCUGUCUACCGCAGAACAUCGUAUUCAGAUGCUUGAGUCAGAGGUGCAACAGAAGGCUGAUACUUUGAGAGCAACCCAGCUUGCAUUGGAAGAAAAGAGGACUGAUCUGCUGAAAACCCAAACCCAACUACAGGAAAUGGAGGACAAAUAUUACUCCAGCACAGCAUCCAUACAAGAUCAAGCCGUCAAUGAAUUCAGGGAGGAGAUCAGACAAUUGCAGCGGAAACUGAAAGAGACUGAGAUGAAAGCAGAGCAAGAUCGAUUUCUAAAAAGCAAAAUGUCUGAGGAUGUAAAUAAUCUAGUAAAAGAGAAUGCUAUGAUGGGAGCUCAGGUAUUAGAACUACAAAAACAACUGGACAGGGAAAAGAUGCUGAGAGAGUCUCGCGACACGCGUCACUCCACGCACAUCACCGAGCUUGUCACCGUCAAGGAUAAAGAGAAACAGCUCAAGUUUGAUCUUGACCAGGCCAGAGAAUCCCUCAAGCAGGAGAGAGAAAGAGUAGCACACCUUAUGAAGCAGCUGUCGAAGCAGGACGAGAGACAAACCCACAACAUCCUGACCCAUAACACAACUAAGAGUCGACUUGCCGAGCUUGAAGGCAGACAGGGCGGGGUAGAACAGGAGAACGCUCAGCUCAGGCGGGAUAAGAUGCUGCUUGUUGAUCAUGUCUCUGACCUUCAAAAACAGCUUGCAGAGAAGGAGCAUGAGGUGAUGAGACUUCACAGUCAUAUCCACACCCUGGAGAUCAGGCUGGACGAGACCUCUAGGCAGUCUGUUGCAGAAAGCUCCAUCCAGACCCAGAAGUGGUCGGAGUUCGAGAAGAUGGCCGAAAGCAUGAAGAAGCUCUCCCAGAGCAUGACGACCAGGUCCAUUACCCCAGAAUAUUCAUGAAAAAUAGGUACCUGAUGCCAUAGGAGUUUUUGGAAAGGGGACGGGGAGGGAGUAGAAAAUUCUGUAGUCACUGAUGUAAAGAACAAUCCAAUGCACUUUAUGGUCAUUAGGGUUUGACCUUUAAUCAUUCUGCUUUAGAAACACUGUCCAGAGCCAUAAAUGGUUGGAGUUCAAGAAGAUGGCCGAAAGCAUGAAGAAACUGUCCCAUAGUAUGAUGGCCAGGUCCAUAACUCCAGAAUAUUCAUGAAGCAUGACUACCAUAAGAGUUUUUGGAAAGGGAAAAUGGUAAGAGGGGUGUGAAAAUCUGUAGUCGAUAUAAAGGACAAUACCAGGCACAUCAUGCUCAUCAGUGCUUGAUAAGAAUAGCUAGAAGAAUGAAGAAACAGUUUUUAACAUGCAUGAUUGCUAUGUCCAUUACUACGUGUACAGAAGGUUUAUUUAGAAUGUGAUUAGACUGAUAGUUUUGAGGGAUUAAGAUAUGAGUGUCAGAAGUUUCCAGUUGCAGAUCAAACACACAAUGCAACAUGCUUAAAUGUUAUAGUUUGGUAAAGGUAGUUGAAAACACGAAGACGCUCUCAUCAUUGGAUGUCAGCCAGGUCUAUUUCUUUUCAAAUUAUAUUUUCAGUUUUUAAUAAAUCUUGUGAACAUACACCAAAAGUAGCGCAUAGGCAGUUUUUUCUGGUGCGGAAAAUUUCUGUAACAAAUUUCACUUGAAGAAAAGAUUCAAAUUAAUAAAAGGAAAUGGUCUCAAACACCAAGUUUGGUAAGUUUAAAAAAAAAGAAUUAUUCUUUCAAGAUGUGAUACAUAUUCAUGCCAUCUAUACCCACAGACAUUGUUCUAGAUAAGUUGUUUAUCUAUAGAAAAUGACAAUUUGAUCAAGUUUACAGGUAAUAUUGUAAAAAGAAAGAAAAAAUUUAUGGGAGGAUUUCACUACAUAAAAGUAUCCAUGAGUGGUGCUAUUCAAACAAUAUUUUCUGUGAAUUCAGGAAGAAAAAGAGGUUUUUCAUCAGUGCUUAGAUAAACUCACCUAAUUGAGUGAAUAUUGGUGAUUGUCAAUUUAAUUAAUGAUGCUGUAAUUAAUUUAUGCUGUUAUUAAUUCAUGCUGUUUUAAAUGUUUAACUGAUUGUAUUGUGAGGUAUAUCAACAGGACAUAUCUACCUGAAGCUUGUGUGCCUUAAUUUUCAAAGUAUUCCCAAAGCUGUUAAUUGUUAAGAAAAGGUUGUAAUUACUACGAUUUUCAUUCCUAAUCACGCUAUUACACUUGCUACUUUAAGUGUUAUGCUUUUUAGUGCUAAUAUGUAUGUACACAUUUAAUACACACUUAAUAAUACAUUGUGCAGUGGCAAACUCAUCCAAACGCUGGGUAUCUUAGUUACAUCGCUGCGCAUGUGAUCAUACUUGAUCUUGUGUUGUUUUCAGCUUGGAUUUAUCAGGAAUUCACGCAAAAGAGGAAUAAUUCUUCUGGGGGAUGUUUUGACAAGGUGCCUACAGCAUGACUCUUUUCUGGAGACGGUUACCAAAAGUGCUGCCUUUAAACGCAACUAAAAAAAUCAAGAUCAAGCCCCUUAUAUGGCAUUUCAUUGGUUGAAAAAUGAAAAUGAAGUUGCGUUCAAUUUUUUGAGUUGCGUUUGAUAGCAACGGGCCCCAGAACAUGAAAGACAACUAAGGAAUAGCAAUUUGAAUGCAUGAACAAGCAUCCAAAGAACCACAUGUAAUUACACCUGCAUCAAGUUCAUAAGUCUGUUUACUUGUGCCUACAUCGUCAUUUUUUGUACAAUACUAGACAUCGAAUGGCUCACAGUUGAUUGUGCACAUACUUGUGAUUUCCAGCUGCAAGUAGUUAAGAUUUGUUUUUGUGACCUACGAGUAUGUAGUAUUAGUGAUUUGCAGUGCAUAGAUGCAAAGUUGUUUAGAAUCUGUGUUUGUGCAUUCUGUAAAUGUUUGUAAAAUGAAAGAAAGUUAGAAUCAAAGUGUGUGAUUAAAAUAGGAUUAGAACUUUGUCAGCGAAACUUAGCCAUAUGUGGUGACUCUUAGAAUAUUCCUAAUCACGCUAUUACGUUAUGCUUGGGUGUUUCAUAUACAUGUAGCUGUAAUUUGUAAGUUACCGACAUUUACACACGACUGGUAACCCUUUUGUUGAAAUCCAAUCUUUGUAGAUUAAAAUCCUUGUUAAGAAGCAUACACUGAAUGAAUAUAAGGUCUACUGUUUUCAUUAGUUUUACAGAAAAUUCAACCCUAUGGUUGCAAAGGGCAAAAUUUGGUGUAUCUCAUAUUAGGACACUAACACCAGGGCCCCAUUUCAUACAGGACUUGCAACUGUUGUAACUUUGCCAUUAUGGCAAUCAUCAUGGAAGUCUUGAUUUUGAUUGGCUGCUGAGCCCUGUUGCCAUGGUAGUUGUUGCCAUGAUGGCAAAGUUACAACAGUAGCAAGUCCUUGAUGAAAUGGGCCUCUGGUGGGUGUUUCAUAAAGCCGUUUGUAAGUUACGAGUGACUUUAUGAAUGACUGUUGACCCUUUCUUUUGCUUCAUGAUAAUCCCUAUGUAAGUGACUUUCCACUCAAGAACAUGUUCCAGUAGUUCGUAAAGUUGUGCAUAACUUCAUUAACAUCUUUAUGAAAUGCCUACACCAGUAUUCCUGGAAAGAAAAUGUUUCAGAACCAUAUGUGUGUACAUGUAUAUUCUUAUUGAAUUUUUUCACUCUUGAAUAUAGAGAGAGUGAAAAAAAGGAUGAUGUUCUCCUUCUGACACUAGGCCGAGGGCCCAUGAUACUAUAGUAUCUUUCUUCUUGGGCUCUUUCUAUGGAAUCGUCUUGAAUAUAGAGAGAGUGAAAAAAAGUUUAUGUAUCGCAGUGUGUAUUGUAACCUCUUAUAAUAAGCAAGUACCUCAUCCAUUUUUCUUAUAAUCUUUUUAAACAAAAUAGUUGAUCAAUUCACUCAUUUUCCACUUCUAUAUAUAUUGUAUUAGAGUAAUGUCAUCAUGCUCUGAAAAACAAAUUAAUAUCUUUAUUAUGCGUGAUUCUUUUUGCAAUUUUCUUUUGUUUGGGGUCAUUUUAAUCCUAAUGCCAUUACAUGUAUAACAAAUAUACUGAGGCUGUCUCUUUACUUUUUACAAAUCUGAAAAAUAUUUGAUUUAAUUUGUUGUGCAUUAUUGAACCUUUAUUUUUUGUUCAUGUAGAUAACUGAUUUUAUUUUGAUGCUGACAAUAAAAUAAUAAAUUACCUGUAAACAAUAAAUUCAUAUAACAGUAAAAUAUCACUGCUUGGCAACAUUACUAAAUAUUAUCUAUUACAGGUGCGUUAUGAUGGAGAGCAUAAAAAAUACA